AUGAAAGUCAUCGUCGUGGGCGCUGGCAUAGCCGGCCUCACGGCUGCGCUGUCUCUGCGUCGUGCCGGCCACUCUGUCCAGGUCUUUGAGCGCUCCCAGCUGCUCCACGAGGUUGGCGCCGCCAUCUACGUCCCUCCCAACGCGACGAGGUUUCUGACAGCCCUUGGGCUCGACCCCACGGCCUUGGGGUUCGUGCAGCAGAAGCGUGCGUCCUUGGUCAACCGCCACACGCUGGAGCCCGAGGUUGAGCUGGCCAACGGCGAGACGGCUGUGAGAGUGGGCGGUGCAAAGCUGUGGUAUGCGCAUCGCGUUGAUCUGCAUUCGGGGCUGAAGGAGCUCGCAACGGGUCGGGGUGCUGGGACGAGGGUUGAAAUCCAUGCUGGGCAGCGCGUGGUGUCCUAUAACCCGGGCACACCAUCGAUUACUCUGGAGAAUGGCACGGAGGUUACGGGUGAUCUUGUUGUAUGUGCCGACGGCGUGCGCUCCGGGGCCACUCAGGUUGUCCACGGUCAGCCUGUUGCGCAGUGUGACCCUCGACCUAUGAACUGCGCCUAUCGCUUCCUUAUUCCCGCGGAUGUGCUGGAAAGGGACGACAAGACCAUCUGGUUCAAUGAGAGCUGUGACGGAUGGACGAGGAUUUUCGCAGAUGUGUCCGCUGACAAGCGACUGGUCUCCUACCCAUGCCGAAACAACACUAUUCACAAUUUCGUUCUCCUGGUGUAUGAGCCGAGAGGGGACGGUGCAGUAGAAGACUGGAAGGCUGGCGUGCCAGUGGAAGAGGUCUUGGACAGGAUUGCCAGCUUCUCGCCCCGAUUGAAACAAGUCGUGAGCAAGGCGACAGAGGUCAAAAAGUGGCCUUUGAUCAGCCGUAAUCCCAUACCAAGAUGGUCAAAGGGGUGCAUGACGCUCGCGGGCGACGCAGCGCACCCUAUGCUUCCCCAUCAGGGGCAAGGCGGAGCGCAAGCCCUGGAGGACGGUGUGGCUCUAGGCAUAGUCAUGCAUGGCGCGACGGACGCGUCCGACAUUGAGGCGAGACUGGCGAUUUAUGAGAAAGUUCGUCGUAAUCGCGCCUCAGCCAUCCAGACGCUCAGCAACACCGGUCAAGACCAGGUGCAGAGGAUCAGCCACCAACUGGCCGAGUACAUGGCGCCCGAACAGAUUCCACAAACCCCGGGCGACAUUUUCCAGUACACAUACGGCUUCGACGUGGUCAGGGAGACACUGGGCGCCAUGAGGGAUUACCAGCCCGGCUUUCAGCUGCCUCGCGACUUCUUCGAGCGCGAGGUCCUUGGUGUUCCGGGUCGACACGUUGCGCAAUCGUGGUUGGGCUGGGGUCAGUUUGGCGUCGCCGCCUGCCGGUCAGACACGGACAUGAAUACGGAGUACCGCGUGUCGAUGCGGUGGACCGUCCAGCGACUCCAGACUCUAGACUCUGUGGUCCGCGAGCGCAAAACAAGCUUUCACUAA